ACAAACCAACAACAGUGAGAUGUUCGGAGAUUUUGUGAAAAACAAACCUGUUAAAAUAAGAGGCUUUAGUGGAAACAAAAAGUAUGGAGUUGCAGCAAAAGAUCUAAAGGAGUUGGUUAAAAAGGGCUGUAAGUUGUUACAGCUGCCUGUCUCUGGUGCUCGUGUUUGUUUGUAUCAAGAUGGUACAGUAGUGACUGAGGACUUCUUCCCCACCCUGCCAGAUAACAGUGAACUGGUUCUACAGUCCAAAGAUCAGACCUGGCCUGGAGUUGUUUGUGACAUUGGUCAGCUGCUGAACACGGACCGGCAUGCUGACGCCCUCAUUGAAGCAGCAAAGGGACUUCUAUCGGAUGAACAAUCUCCUAAGAGGCGUAAAAUUCUGACAGACCUGCUACAGAACCUGGAGGACAGGUCUGAACUGGAGAGCAGAGAGGAUGAUGAAGACUGGUUUACUGGUAUUGAUGCUCGAUUCAAGUCAAAGUCUGCCUACAUGAAGUUUAACUGUGAAAGCAGGAUUCGAGGCUACAUGAAGGAGGUGGACGACGCAACCAAAACUAUACAGAAAGCAAAAGUCAAAGCAGAGUUUUUGAAAGCGUCAAAGUGCCUGUUGGAGAUGCUGAAAAACGCCAAGUACAACGGCAGCUACUUUGACAGGACUGGAAAGGAGCCAGAUCGUCUCUGCACCCGGGAAGGGUGGUUUACCUGCCAGGGAUCAUUUGACAAGAAAAUGUGCCAGUCGCUCCACUCCAUCAACCCUUACAGCAGCCGGGAGACCAGGAUCAUCUUCAGCACUUGGAAUCUGGAUCACAGGAUUGAAAAGAAGAGAACCGUUAUACCCGCUCUGCUGGAGGCCCUGCAGAAUCGCCAGAGCACCGAUGUCAACCUCAACUACUUCUACCAGAUGUUGUUCACCAGGGCAAACCUGAAACUAGUUCACAUCGUCUGCCACAAGAAGGGAGCUCACAAUCUGACGUGCGACACCGAGAAGAUCUUUACGACCGCACGUGACGCAGACGAAGCAAAAGAAAAAGCCAGAGGAAAGAAAAGGCGCUUGAUUUAAAUAUUUUUCACCUCAUUUUAUUUUUUUAAUUUUUUUGUAUGAGCUGUCAACUUGCCAUGUGCUUCAUGCUUUUUUUUAAACAAGCAAAAUCAGUGCACUUACACAACCUUUGUAAUCAUGAAAAACAUUUAUUUUUUUAUAUAUAUAUAUAUAUAUUUUGGCAGAAAUGUCAAAUAUAAAGAUGGAUUAUAAAGACUGCUUGACAAAUGAGACAUUCAGUCAGUCAAAGAUGCAUACUGUUAAAUAGUUCACAUAAAUAAAAAGCCAGUACAAUAUAUACACGAUUUAAUGAAUUGUCGGAACAACCAGCUACAUUUAAAGUACAACAGGUUGGAAUAAAUCUAGUGCAAUCACUGUUAGCCUGGUAUGGUUUUCUAAUCAAGUCUGUUCAUCGCUAAUUACUUUCAAACCAAGUUUUUAUCUCAGAAAAAAAAAAGUGUACUCCUGAUAGUAAUUUACAAACUGAUGCUGUUAUAAAAGAUUAGCUGCACUGGUGUGUGUCUGUGUGUAUAAAAAGGUGUGUGUCUGUGUGUAUAAACAGAUGUGUUCAAAA